AUGGAAUCGGUCCUUUUGAUGAUUUUACUGGUCGUGAUAAUAUUAAUACGAUUCAUUUUGUGGUCCUGUCUUAGUGCUUAUAUAGGUUAUAAACUGUCCCGAAGGUUUCCUGACACAAGAAAAAAGGACUGAGAGACUUCAAAAGGCUUGUUUGGAUUUGAAUUGACAAUGGGGAGAACUGAGUAAGGUAAAUGGAGCUAGAGCAGAUUUUACCUUGGGAUCUGAUGAGAGAGAAAUGACCUGUUGAUGCUGCGACUGAGAGAAGACUCGUCAGAAAGCCUCAUGCUGACAGAGGGGAAAAAAACAACUGAUUGAGUCAAAUGACUUUUUAUCAAACUCAGGCAUGAAUUUGUUGUU